AAUGGUCACCCGCCAGCGGAGCCAAUUUAGAAACGACCAGAACCGCCGUGAUGGAGGUUCUCUGCAAAAUUUUAUCAGUGUGCUUGCUGCUCGGUGGCGCUCAGGCGUUCACAAGGGCAGAGCCAGCCAAGGAGCUCACCUGGCAGUCCCUGUUCUUCGAUGCCGUGACUGGCAAUCUGCAGGAGCCGCAGGCCGAUGAGCUCAUCAACCUGGAGGAGUGCACUGCACUUUACACGGUGGACAACAUUGAGAUUCUGGUGACGGCUGGCUACAAGAUUCGUCGUUGCAACAAUAUAAAUGCCAAGGAUAUCGAGAGGUAUUUGGAGCGUCGCGAUGCCGUCUACACGAAGCACUCCUUCGAAAGGGAGAUGAUUGGAUGCCACACCCGCGACUGCUACGUGGAUGCCGUUUUGAAUCUGUUUAGUUCGGUGCGAUUGAACCGCUACGAUCAUCGUCGCCGCAGAGCCUGCAUCCUGCGUGAGGUGGAGAAGGCGGCGGCCAAGCUGGAUGCUGCCUCCAUUGCCCUGGCCAAUUGUCUUGCCCAAGCGCAGCCACAGCCGCCCCAGAACAGCACACUGGCACCUCCGCCACAGAACACCACUUCGAAAGAGCCUGGACCAGUUUAUACCUCAACUGCUGCACCGGGAUUGAACACCACCCAGUGGCCCAACUUCACCACAACUGGUGCCCCGGGAUGGGACACCACCCAGUGGCCCAACACCAAUACCACACCCGUUACCACUACUGCUACCCCGAACUGGAAUUCCACUGAAGGUCCAUGGUGGGGAAACAACACAACAACUGGAGGUCCAUGGUGGGGAAACGACACAACAACUGGAGGUCCAUGGUGGGGAAACAAUACAACCACUGGAGGUCCUUGGUGGGGAAAUAACACAACAACUGGAGGUCCAUGGUGGGGAAACGACACAACAACUGGAGGUCCAUGGUGGGGAAACAAUACAACCACUGGAGGUCCUUGGUGGGGAAAUAACACAACAACUGGAGGUCCAUGGUGGGGAAACGACACAACAACUGGAGGUCCAUGGUGGGGAAACAAUACAACCACUGGAGGUCCUUGGUGGGGAAAUAACACAACAACUGGAGGUCCAUGGUGGGGAAACGACACAACUACUGGAGGUCCAUGGUGGGGAAACAAUACAACCACUGGAGGUCCUUGGUGGGGAAACGACACAACAACUGGAGGUCCAUGGUGGGGAAACAACACAACAACUGGAGGUCCAUGGUGGGGAAACGACACAACAACUGGAGGUCCAUGGUGGGGAAACAAUACAACCACUGGAGGUCCUUGGUGGGGAAACGACACAACAACUGGAGGUCCAUGGUGGGGAAACAACACAACAACUGGAGGUCCAUGGUGGGGAAACGACACAACUACUGGAGGUCCAUGGUGGGGAAACAAUACAACCACUGGAGGUCCUUGGUGGGGAAACGACACAACUACUGGAGGUCCAUGGUGGGGAAACAAUACAACCACUGGAGGUCCUUGGUGGGGAAACGACACAACAACUGGAGGUCCAUGGUGGGGAAACAAUACAACCACUGGAGGUCCUUGGUGGACAAACUCGACCCAGGCACCCAGCUUGAACUCGACUGAGACUCCGUGGUGGAACAACACCACUGCCAGCUGGAACAGCACCACCGCCGACGACACAACCACCACCGAGGAGAACUGGUUCGAUCAACUCCUCAACGGGAUUGGAUCCCUCUUUUAGAGCUAAAAAGCCACAAGAGGCUCAUCACUACUGUCUAGAAGGAUGUACUGUUGCCCAAGCUCUGGGCUAACAAAUAAACUAUAAAUAAAUAAACUUAUCAGCAUUGAAAA